AUGUCCAUCAUGGUGGAGAGGAUGGCAGGCGAUGACAUCAUCCUCCAGACGCGCCAGGUGAUGCAGGGCCUGGAAGCCCUGCGCAGCGAGAACCGGAGCAUCCGCCGCCAGCUGCAGGAGGCUCUGCUGAAGGAGCGGCAGCUGAUGGACGAGCGGGAGGAGCCCUUGGCGGCCACCGAGGCCCAGGCCCUGGAGCUCCUGGAGGAGAAGCAGGACCUCGUCUGCCGGAGCCUGGAAGGCAUAGAGCUGGGCAUUGCCGAAGGCCAGAUGCUGAUCGCCCUCUCCUCGCACAUCGGGGCGCUGGAGGCCGAGAAGCAGAAGCUGCGUGCCCAGGUGAGGCGCCUGGGCCAGGAGAACCUCUGGCUGCGGGACGAGCUGGCCGGCACCCAGCUACGGCUGCAGCACAGCGCGGAGGCCGUGGCUCAGCUGGAGGAGGAGAACAAGCACCUGCGCUUCCUGAACCAGCUCAAGCAGUACGAGCCCCAGGAGGAGCAGCAGGAGAAGCCCCCGGCUGGGGACGUGGGUGGGGGGCUUCAGGAGGAGCCGCUGCUUCUACCCAGCCUGGCCCCCCCAGGCUCCCUUUUCACCAGCCGGCCGUUCUUGUGCCCUGCAGAGGGGCAGAGUGUGGGUGCAGCCGCCCUGGCAGCCCAGCACGGCGGGUACGAGAUCCCUGCGCGCCUGCGGACGCUGCACAACCUGGUGAUCCAGUACGCCUCUCAAGGGCGCUAUGAGGUGGCUGUGCCCCUUUGCAAGCAGGCCCUGGAGGACCUGGAGAAGAGCUCCGGGCACAACCACCCAGAUGUGGCCACCAUGCUCAAUAUCCUGGCCCUGGUCUACCGGGACCAGAACAAGUACCAGGAGGCCACGGAGCUGCUCAACGAUGCCCUGGACAUUCGUGAGCAGGCGCUGGGCAUGGAACACCCUUCCGUGGCUGCCACCCUGAACAACCUCUCUGUGCUGUACGGCAAGCGCGGGAAGUAUCAGGACGCCGAGCCUCUGUGCCAGAGAGCCCUGGAGAUCCGAGAGAAGGUGCUGGGCCCCAACCACCCAGAUGUGGCCAAGCAGCUCAACAACCUGGCCCUCCUGUGCCAAAACCAGGGCAAGUUCAAAGAGGUGGAGCGGUAUUACCAGCGGGCCCUUCGCAUCUACCAGGCCCAGCCGGGCCCCGGCGACUGCAACGUGGCCAAGACCAAGAACAACCUGGCCUCGUGUUUCGUGAAACAGGGCAAGUUCCAGGAGGCUGAGCAGCUGUACAAGGAGAUCCUGUCCCUGCAGGACCAGGAGCCGAGCCCCCCCAGGGGCGGUAAGAGCAGCCCUUUCCCGGGGGGGGGGAGGGGAGGCGCCAGGGAGGGGAUGAGGCGCAGUAGCUCCUUUUCUCGCUUCCGGGAGUCGCUCAGACGCAGCAGUGAGAAGCUGGUCUCCAAGCUCCGGGGCCCAGCAGUGGGGCAGCCGAAGGACACGGCAGCCCCCAGGUGA